CCGGGCCGGGCCGGGCCGGGCGGCGGGGGCGGCGCAGAGCAGCUCAGCGGCGGCGGCAGCAGCAGCAGCAGGGCUGGCAGCGAGCGGGGCGCCGAGCGCAGCAGCACCAGCACCUCCAUCAGCAGGAAAUACUGGAUAGAUCCCACAAUGGAAGACGGGAAGCCCGUUUGGGCUCCACACCCAACUGAUGGGUUUCAGAUGGGGAUGAUUGUGGACAUUGGCCCUGACAAUUUAACUAUUGAACCUUUGAAUCAGAAAGGCAAGACUUUCCAGGCUGCUAUCAACCAAGUGUUUCCUGCAGAGGAGGACAGCAAAAAGGAUGUGGAAGAUAACUGUUCCCUGAUGUAUUUAAAUGAAGCCACUCUCCUUCACAAUAUCAAAGUUCGGUACAGUAAGGACAGAAUUUACACCUAUGUAGCCAACAUUCUUAUUGCAGUGAAUCCAUACUUUGAUAUACCUAAGUUUUACUCUUCAGAUACUAUUAAAAAGUACCAGGGUAAAUCGCUGGGAACAUUGCCACCACAUGUUUUUGCAGUUGCUGAUAAAGCAUUCCGUGACAUGAAAGUGCUUAAGAUGAGUCAAUCCAUCAUAGUCUCUGGAGAAUCAGGAGCUGGCAAGACAGAAAACACUAAAUUUGUUUUGAGGUAUUUGACAGAAUCCUAUGGCAGUGGCCAAGAUAUUGAUGAUAGAAUUGUAGAAGCAAAUCCCCUAUUAGAAGCUUUUGGAAAUGCAAAGACUGUUCGAAACAACAACAGCAGUCGGUUUGGGAAAUUUGUUGAAAUUCACUUCAAUGAAAAGAACUCGGUGGUUGGUGGAUUUGUGUCACACUACCUUCUGGAGAAAUCUAGGAUCUGUGUGCAAGGCAAAGAAGAGAGGAAUUACCAUAUCUUUUAUAGGCUUUGUGCUGGUGCUCCAGAAGACAUUAGGGAAAAGCUAUAUUUAAGCUCUCCUGACAACUUCAGGUAUUUAAAUCGAGGCUGUACCAGAUUCUUCGCUAACAAAGAAACAGACAAGCAGAUUUUGCAAAAUCGCAAGAGUCCUGAGUAUCUUAAAGAAGGUUCCUUGAAGGAUCCACUUUUAGAUGAUCAUGGAGAUUUCAACAGAAUGUGCACAGCCAUGAAAAAGAUUGGACUGGAUGAUGAAGAAAAACUUGAUCUUUUUAGAGUAGUGGCUGGUGUCCUUCACCUUGGAAAUAUCGAUUUUGAGGAAGCUGGGAGUACUUCAGGGGGCUGCACGCCGCGCGCGCGGAGCCAGGCGGCGCUGGAGCGCUGCGCGGCCCUGCUGGGCCUGGACGAGGACGACCUGCGCGGGAGCCUCACCUCGCGCGUCAUGCUCACCACGGCAGGGGGCGCCAAGGGCACGGUCAUCAAGGUACCCUUGAAAGUGGAACAAGCAAACAAUGCUCGCGAUGCCUUGGCUAAAACCGUGUACAGUCAUCUGUUUGAUCAUGUAGUGAAAAGGGUAAACCAGUGCUUUCCAUUUGAAACUUCUUCUUUCUUCAUUGGAGUUCUAGAUAUAGCUGGUUUUGAGUACUUUGAGCACAACAGUUUUGAACAAUUCUGUAUAAACUACUGUAAUGAAAAACUGCAGCAAUUUUUUAAUGAAAGAAUUCUGAAAGAGGAACAAGAACUUUACCAAAAAGAAGGCCUGGGGGUUAAUGAAGUUCGUUAUGUAGAUAAUCAGGACUGUAUAGAUUUGAUUGAAGCAAAAUUAGUAGGUGUACUGGAUAUUUUGGAUGAAGAAAAUCGUCUUCCCCAACCAAGUGACCAGCAUUUUACUUCAGUUGUGCAUCAAAAACACAAGGACCAUUUCAGGCUCUCGAUUCCAAGAAAGUCUAAAUUGGCCGUUCACAGAAAUAUCCGAGAUGAUGAAGGCUUCAUUAUCCGACACUUUGCAGGAGCAGUGUGCUACGAGACGAUGCAAUUUGUGGAAAAAAACAAUGAUGCUUUGCACAUGUCUCUUCAAUCUCUUAUAUGUGAAUCCAAGGACAAAUUUGUUCGACAGUUGUUUGAAGCCAACACUAACAACAACAAGGAUCCCAAACAAAAAGCUGGAAAACUCAGUUUCAUCAGUGUGGGUAACAAAUUCAAGACUCAGUUAAAUUUGCUUCUUGAGAAGCUUCACAGCACUGGGUCGAGCUUUAUUCGCUGUAUCAAACCUAAUCUAAAGAUGACAAGUCACCACUUUGAAGGAGGACAGAUCCUCUCUCAGCUUCAGUGUUCAGGGAUGGUGUCAGUUCUGGAUUUGAUGCAAGGUGGUUUCCCGUCACGAGCGUCAUUUCAUGAACUGUAUAAUAUGUACAAGAAAUACUUGCCUGAAAAAUUGGCUCGACUGGACCCUAGGCUUUUUUGCAAAGCCCUAUUUAAAGCCCUGGGACUGAAUGAAAAUGAUUACAAAUUUGGACUAACCAAGGUGUUUUUUAGACCUGGCAAGUUUGCAGAGUUUGAUCAGAUAAUGAAGUCUGAUCCGGAUCACUUGGCAGAGCUGGUUAAACGAGUGAACCGCUGGCUUAUCUGCAGUCGUUGGAAAAAAGUUCAAUGGUGUUCUCUCUCAGUGAUUAAAUUGAAAAAUAAGAUAAAAUAUCGAGCCAGUGCCUGCAUUAAAAUACAAAAGACUAUUCGUAUGUGGCUUUGCAAGAGAAAGCACAAACCACGCAUUGAUGGCCUGAUAAAAGUACGUACACUGAAGAAGAGACUUGAUAAAUUUAAUGAAGUAGUAAGUGCUCUGAAGGAGGGAAAAGCAGAGACAAGCAAGCAGGUCAAGGAGUUGGAGGCUUCUAUUGAUGCAUCAAUGACCAAAAUUAAGACCACUAUAAUGACUAGAGAACAGAUACAGAAAGAAUAUGAUGCUUUAGUUAAAAGCUCAGAGCAGCUUCUGAGUGCACUGCAAAAGAAGAAGCAGCAAGAGGACGAAGCAGAGAGGCUACGACGCAUCCAGGAGGAAAUGGAAAAGGAAAGGAAGAGACGUGAAGAGGAAGACCAAAAACGAAGGAAGGAAGAAGAGGAAAGAUGCCUGAAAUCUGAGAUUGAGGCAAAGAGAAAACAGGGAGAGGAAGAGAGAAAAAAGAGAGAAGAAGAAGAAAAACGUAUUCAGGCUGAGAUUGAGGCUCAGCUGGCUAGAGAGCGAGAGGAGGAGACGCAGCACCAGGCCGUGCUUGAACAGGAGCGCCGUGACCACGAGCUGGCAAUGAGGAUUGCCCAGAGCGAGGCAGAGCUCAUCAGUGAUGAGGCACAGCUGGAUUUAGGUUUGCGCAGAGCCAAUGGAACAAAGCCACAAAUGACUACGGAACAAAUGGCCACAGAAAUGUCAGAAAUAUUGUCUAGGGGUCCUGCAGUGCAAGCCACAAAAGCUGCUGCUGGUACUAAGAAGCAUGAUCUCAGUAAGUGGAAAUAUGCAGAGCUUCGUGAUACAAUCAACACCUCCUGUGAUAUUGAACUCUUGGCAGCUUGCAGAGAAGAGUUCCACCGAAGGCUAAAGGUGUAUCAUGCUUGGAAAUCCAAGAAUAAGAAACGCAAUGCAGAAACAGAACAGCGUGCUCCCAAAUCAGUCACAGACUAUGAUUUUGCACCAUUUUUGAGCAACUCAACACAACAGAACCCCGCAGCCCAGCUCCCGGGCAGACAACAAGAGAUUGAAAUAAACAGGCAGCAGCGCUACUUCCGCAUUCCCUUCAUCCGCCCCGCGGACCAGUACAAGGACCCCCAGAACAAGAAGAAGGGCUGGUGGUACGCACACUUCGAUGGGCCCUGGAUUGCUCGGCAAAUGGAGCUUCACCCUGACAAGGCACCCAUUCUGCUUGUAGCAGGUAAGGAUGACAUGGAUAUGUGUGAGCUUAACCUUGAAGAGACUGGCUUAACCCGAAAGCGAGGUGCUGAAAUUUUACCGAGGCAGUUUGAAGAGAUUUGGGAACGCUGUGGAGGCAUCCAGUAUCUGCAAAACGCAAUUGCAAGCAGACAAGCUCGCCCCACCUACGCUACGGCGAUGCUGCAGAACCUGUUGAAAUAAGCGGGCAGGAGCGUUCGCGAUGAGAACCUGGCCCGCGAUACAAAGGGAAGAGUUCCUCUGUGCUACAGAGGGCCUAAACGUUCUGUAAUCAGAGUAGAGAUGUUUAAUAUAAAGUGAACAGAUUUUAUUAAUCAUGUGGUUUGUUAAUUUGUACUUCAUGAUGUUUAAUCUGUGUAGUGAACUUUACUAGGUAUGAGGACCCUGAAGAAACUUCAGGCAGUGUAGUUUGCUGCAUUUUGUUUUUAUGUUGCAUUUUCUUUAACAGUUUCUGUUAUAACUCUUAAUACUUUCAAGCAAUCUGUCUGUACUUGGGUACAUAUUGCAAAGAACUGCACUGCAACCAGCUUUUUAUAAGAUUCCUUCUUUAAAACACUGAGUAGCUGGCUUCAAGUGGUGGCCUAGUAAAGAGAAUAUGCUAUUUCUAAUAACUGGAAUUGUGAGGCCUUAGCUUUGACUUCUGUUAUGGAGAAGUUGGAGUAUACUUUUAUAUAAUCUGAGACAUUUUAUGUCCUGAUUUGCAAACUGGUUAGUGUCUGUAUUUAAUGAUUUUUGUUUUUCCAGAACCUGAUGGGAAAUCCUCCUAAACUUGAGACCUAUAAACCCCUAUUAAAUUCAUUCUCUGUCUUGGUUUAAGAGAAACAGUUUUCUGUAUGUUCCAAGAAAAGCAUUCAUAUACGUCAAAAUAGUAUAAUAUUGGAGGUCCUCAAAGAAUGUACUGCUCUUUAGGGCUUAUACCACUUUUCUUGUAGAUUUUUUUUCUCUCUUUUUAGUACAAAUCUGCUUUGGACUUUAUUUUUCUGAUGACAUUUCUAUUAGCGAUUCUUGGACAGUUUGUUUAGCCAGGUAGUGUAAUUGCAACAUAUUACGCAAAAUUGUCCAACCUUUGUAUCUGAAGGUAUAUAAGAUUAAGGAUAGCACUAAGGGAAAUAUGUUCAGCUUUUUGCUGGCAGUAUAACUGAACUGAGUAUUGAGGCCUGAGCCUCAGAAAUCCUCUUUAUUUUAACUGUAACAAGAUAUACAAGGUCUGUAACUUUUGUUAGACUGUAUAAAAAAUUGGUCCAACAACAUAAUGCAUCUUAAUAAUAUGUGCUGAUGGAAUAGAUACAAUUUUUAGUGUACUGAAAUAUCAUAGUGACUUGGAUGC